CAUCUCGUUUAUCGAACCUUCGCAAUUUUCUCUCCACUGUGAGCGAGAUAAGUCUCGUCAGGUUCAUCGAAUAAAUUGGAAGGAUGGCUACUCGUCUGUUAAAAAUUAGCAGCGCGUUGCGUACAUAUAGCAAUAAAACCAGUCUGGUUAAGAUACCAAAACAAUGGCGUUCGACUGCUGCUUCUCUAAAAGAAGCACUCAUCAAUCAACCAGCUACCAGAAUUACAACUCUGGACAGUGGAAUGAGAGUUGCCAGCGAAGACAGUGGAGCUGCAACAGCUACUGUUGGUCUUUGGAUCGAUUCUGGUAGUCGAUAUGAAACAGAUGAGAAUAAUGGUGUCGCUCAUUUCAUGGAACAUAUGGCUUUUAAGGGAACUACCAAACGUUCUCAGACUGAUUUGGAGUUGGAAAUAGAGAACAUGGGAGCUCACUUAAAUGCUUACACAAGUCGAGAACAAACAGUGUUUUACGCAAAAUGCUUGUCGCAAGAUGUACCAAAAGCAGUUGAGAUUCUGAGUGAUAUUAUCCAAAAUUCAAAAUUGGGUGAAACUGAGAUUGAAAGAGAACGUGGUGUAAUCUUGCGCGAGAUGCAGGAAGUUGAGACAAACCUGCAAGAAGUUGUAUUUGACCAUUUACAUGCUGCUGCCUAUCAGGGUACAUCCUUAGGACGAACAAUAUUGGGUCCGACUAAUAAUAUCAAAAGUAUUACACGAAACGAUCUUCUUGAAUAUGUAAGGACUCACUACGGGCCAACUAGAUUCGUAUUGGCUGGUGCUGGUGGUGUAGAUCAUAAACAAUUAAUUGAACUGGCUCAGAAGCACUUCGGUCAAAUGAAAGAACCGAAUUAUAAUGAUAUUCCAGAUUACAUUAAAUCUUGUCGUUAUACUGGCUCUGAGAUAAGGGUUCGCGAUGAUACGAUUCCCCUUGCCCAUAUCGCGAUCGCUGUCGAAGGUGUUGGAUGGCCUGAUGCAGACAACAUUCCUCUCAUGGUCGCGAAUACUCUUAUGGGAGCAUGGGAUCGUGGUCAAGGCGGAGGUGUGAAUAACGCGAGCACUUUAGCUAAAGCUUGCGCAGAGGAAGGCCUGUGUCAUAGCUAUCAAAGUUUUAACACAUGCUAUAAGGAUACUGGUCUCUGGGGUGUAUACUUUGUAUGUGAUCCUAUGAAGUGUGAUGAUAUGGCGAGCCAAAUUCAGCAUGAAUGGAUGAAAUUAUGCACAUCAGUCACUGAGAAAGAUGUAGCACGCGCUAAAAAUAUUCUCAAAACUAACAUGUUUCUACAAUUAGAUGGCACUACCGCAAUUUGCGAAGAUAUUGGUCGUCAGAUGUUGUGUUAUAACCGUCGUAUCCCGCUUCAUGAGCUCGAAAUGAGGAUAGACAGUGUAACUGCUGAAACUGUUCGUGAUGUUGGUAUGAAAUAUAUUUUCGAUCACUGUCCAGUGAUCGCGGCAGUUGGUCCUGUUGAAAAUUUGCUAGAUUAUAACAAUAUUCGUUCCGGCAUGUACUGGCUCAGAAUGUAAUUAUUUCCAAGCACCAGUUACUAAUAAAUUUUAGCGCAUCGAUUAGAAAUAAAAUAAAACUACAAUAUGCAUAUGUCUAAUAACGUUAUAAAUCUUGUUUUUUCCUAUAUGAAAUUGUAGUUUUAUUUUGAAAUACUUGUACGAAGUGAAUGUUCGUUGAUGUAUACUGCCUGGCGAAAUAAAUAUACAGUCGAAAAUA